GUCAGAUCUCGGGCCAGGACUGGCGGAUAUACACAAUGGGGUCUCUAUUCCGGAGUGAGGCCAUGUGCCUGGCACAGCUUUUCCUCCAGGCCGGCUCGGCUUAUGAUUGUGUCAGCGAACUGGGGGAGAUGGGGCUGGCAGAGUUCAGGGAUCUCAACCCUCAUGUAAGUGCCUUCCAGAGAAAAUUUGUUGGUGAAGUAAAGAAGUGUGAAGAGUUGGAAAGAAUAUUAGGGUAUUUGGUUCAGGAAAUCAAGAAAUCUGACAUUCCAGUUCCAGAAGGAAAUAUGUUGCCAGCAGCCCCACUUCCAAAACACGUGCUAGAAAUACAGGAACAGUUGCAGAAGCUAGAAUCUGAAUUGAGGGAAGUAAAUAAGAACAAGGAUAAGCUACAAAAAAACCUUCAGGAAUUAACCGAAUAUACUCAAAUGCUGCGAGUAACCAAGGGCUUUGUGCAGAGAUCAUCAGAGCAGGAAACCUCUUCACUUACGAUUUAUGAGGAGUUUCCUGCUUUGGAAAAGGAAUCCUUAAUGGACUAUACUUGUAUGCAGAGGCUUGGAGCCAAACUGGGGUUUGUGUCUGGCCUAGUUCACUGUGCCAAACUUGAAUCGUUUCAGAAGAUGCUGUGGAGGGUUUGCAAGGGCUAUACCAUUCUCACGUACAAGGAGCUAGACGUGUUUUUAAAUGACCCUGAAACUGAAGAGCCAACAAAAUGGUUUGUGUUUCUAAUUUCUUACUGGGGAGACCAGAUUGGACAGAAAGUGAAAAAGAUCUGCGACUGUUACCAUUGCCACAUGUAUCCUUACCCAAACUCCUCUGAGGAAAGACAAGAGAUAAUAUCUGGACUGAACAUAAGAAUUCAAGACUUGCAGACGGUGAUUUCCCAAACUGAGGAUUAUCUCAGACAAGUUCUCUACAAGGCGUCAGAGUCCAUCUUCAAGUGGGUUAUUCAAGUCAAGAAAAUGAAAGCUGUAUAUCAUGUGCUGAACUUAUGCAGUUUUGAUGUCACCAACAAGUGUCUGAUUGCUGAAGUAUGGUGUCCUGUGACGGAUCUUCAGAACGUGAGACAAGCACUUGAGGAAGGCUCAAGAAAAAGUGGAGCUUCUCUACCAUCUUUCAUCAAUCGCAUUCCCACCAAUGACACACCUCCAACAUUAAUCCGAACAAACAAAUUCACUUCUGGCUUUCAAAACAUUGUGGAUGCCUAUGGAGUGGGGACUUAUGGAGAAGUGAACCCAGCUCCCUACACUAUUAUCACUUUUCCUUUCCUGUUUGCCAUUAUGUUUGGAGAUUUUGGACAUGGACUCCUGAUGGCUCUAUUUGCUUUUUUUCUCAUUCUCUAUGAAAAAAAAUUUCAACAUACUCAAGAUGAAAUUAUGAAGGCGUUUUUUGAAGGUCGAUACAUUAUCCUACUUAUGGGGCUUUUUUCAAUUUACACUGGGCUUAUCUACAAUGACUGCUUCUCAAAGUCAGUGAACAUAUUUGGGUCUAGCUGGAAUGUUUCUGCGAUGUACAAGGCUGGGGUCUGGACGAAUACAAAUACUGUUCCGGACGAGUAUAUGACUCUGGUUCCUACUGUACCUGGAGUUUUUACUGGAGCUUAUCCCUUUGGAAUAGACCCAAUCUGGAAUUUGGCAACAAACCGUCUUACCUUCCUGAACUCUUUCAAAAUGAAAAUGUCCAUCAUUCUAGGUGUCAUACAUAUGACAUUUGGAGUAGUUCUAAGUGUUUUCAACUACAUGCACUUCAAGAAGAAAUUCUGUGUGUAUCUGGUCUUCAUCCCUGAGCUUAUCUUCAUGAUGUGUAUCUUUGGUUACCUCGUCUUCAUGGUUGUAUUCAAGUGGUUAGCAUGGUCUGCAGAGAAUUCCAAGAAUGCACCUAGUAUUCUCCUUCACUUCAUCAAUAUGUUUAUGUUCACUGGCAAUGACAAGAAACAGAACCCUGAUCUCUACCCAGGGCAGGCUGGAUUCCAGAUUUUCCUUGUAGUUAUUGUGUUCCUCUGUGUGCCCGUAAUGCUAUUUGGGAAACCCUUGUACCUAUACUGGCAGCAUCAUGGAGGACAGACCUUUGGAAAUUAUAGGAAGGGAUACACAUUAGUCCGUCGAGGAAGUGAAGAAGAGUUGUCUUUGCUGCGGUCACAUGAUUUGGAAGAAGGAGAAGACCAUACAGGCCGUGAGGUUCAGAGGGACAGAGAAAAAGAAAAGUUUGAUGUGGCAGAUGUGUUUAUGCAUCAGGCCAUCCACACCAUAGAAUAUUGCCUUGGAUGUAUUUCUAACACAGCUUCCUACCUGCGACUCUGGGCUUUAAGCCUUGCACAUGCCCAACUAUCUGAAGUGUUGUGGACAAUGGUAUUGCGAAAGGGUCUUUGUAUGCCACACUCCAUUGUUGGUGUAUUUCUUCUGGUGCUAGCUAUAGCUGCAUUUGUAUCAUUGACCGUUUUCAUUCUUCUUGUUAUGGAGGGACUUUCUGCAUUCUUACAUGCACUCCGUUUACACUGGGUGGAAUUUCAGAACAAGUUUUAUUCUGGGGCAGGAUACAAAUUUACACCGUUCUUAUUUAAACACAUGUCUCUCCAUCUGGACAAAGAGUAUUUUCCAUAGCCCAUGCUUCCUUGGUUAUACAAAUUAUACAGAUUUUAUAUAA